CAAUAAAAACAACCCCGUCAAAGCUCAAAAUAAGAAAAUUAGUAGCAGUGCAGAUUGCAAAAUUGUCACUCUACUUGGAAUCUUUGGGACCGCGAACAUCUAACGCAAAAAGUAAGGUAAACAUAUCAACUUGAGAUAUGAAGAACAAUGACGAAUAUGAAAUGGAAAGUAAUUGUACUGACAAUUCUGUCGAAACAAAAAGAAAAUAUACAAAUUAUGAUUUUGACGUAAUUUUAUCUGGAAUUGGAUCUAUGGGAAAAUAUCAAUUUUUGUUAGUACUCGCUGUUUAUUACAUCAGCAUACCAUCAGGCAUGAAUCAAGUCGGGAGUGUUUUUCUUUCUGCAAUUCCAGAUUACAGGUGUUAUAUACAAGAAGUUGAUAACGAAUUGUUUUUAAACCAAACCAACUGGAACGAAACUGUUUUGGAAGUGUCCACUCCGUUUGACUCCAAUACUAAGAAACAUGAUGGAUGCAAGCAAUAUUCAUAUAGAACAAAUUGCACCCUGCCUAAUUUAGAAGAAUGCUUUACCAAUGAAACAAGUUCGUGCAUCAAUGGACAUGUUUUUGACAAGAGCAGUUACGAAAGUACAACGACGACUGAGUGGGACCUUGUAUGUGAUCAAUUGUAUCUUACAACACUUGCAUCAGUUGCUUAUUUUGUUGGUGUUUUCUUUGGUGUGAUUCUUGGUGGAAAUCUAGGUGACAGGUUUGGACGAACUCGUGUACUAAUAAUCGGACAGAUUUUUGCAUUUAUAUUUGGCAUUGGUUGCGCGUUUUCACCUAACUUAGCAACAUUUGCUGCAACAAGAUUUUUUAUUGCACUAUUUUGCAUAUCGUCAGGUCCACCUUCAUUUGUUUAUGCUAUUGAAAUUGUUGGUAAUGAAUGGAGAUCGUUCAUUGGAGUCAGUAUACAGACAGUUUCUGCAAUUGGGUAUAUGAUUUUAUCCGGACUUUCAUACAAAUGGAGAAAUUGGCGCCAUCUUCAACUUUCUAUCGCCAUGUUUUCUGCAGUUUAUUUUAUCAUAUGGUUUUUCGUACCAGAAUCACCAAGAUGGCUACUUUCAAGAGGCCAAGUCAGAAAAGCAAAAAUGAUUUCUAACAAACUUGCUGAAAAGAACGGACGAAAAUUAUCACCUGAUAUUUGGGAAAAAGCUGUUAUAGAUAAUGAGGAUGAAGUUGGGAAAAUGUAUCCGCACCCGUUCAUUUUAUUGAAAAGACCACAUAUGAGACGCGUAACUAUUAACAUUGUAUUCUGUUGGUUUGUUGUUUCUUUAGUCUAUUAUGGAUUAUCUCUCAAUGUUGGAAGCUUGGCGGGUGACGACAGGGUAAAUAAUUUACUUGGAGGAGUUUGUGAGAUUGCAUCUUGUGUUAUUGUAAUAUUAACAAUGGAUAGAUUUGGGAGAAGACCGAUCGUAUCCAUUGGUUUCUUACUUGGAGGAAUAUCCUGUAUUUUGUCAACCGUUUGCAAUUACUUCUCAUCAGAUAUAAAAGAGCUUGGAUACGUUGGCUUGGCACUCGCUCUACUAGGAAAACUGGCCGUGUCUGGUGUGUUUGCAGUUAUAUAUAACUACACAGCAGAACUAUUCCCUACGGUUGUAAGAGCAACAGCAAUCGGGUGCGGUUCAAUGGCUGCAAGAAUUGGUUCGUUGAUGUCACCUGUCAUUAUAAUGAUACAAUAUCACGUCCCUUGGUUUACAGGGGCCGUCUUUGGUAUCUUUUCGUUCAUAGCGGGACUGACAUGCUUACUUUUACCUGAAACCAACAACGUUCCUCUCACUACGACACUAGAUGGAGCAGAAAAUUUUUAUUCGAAUGCAAAGAAAAAGAUUAAAAGAAAAUCAUCAACUGGAGAAGUUUUCAUUACCCAGAAAAGUUAAGAUGAAAAAUAUUUUUGUCAAUUCUUCGUCGUUAUUUUGUUUGUAUAGAAAUCUCAAGUAGAUAAUAUGCAAAUGAAACACUGAUCUUUCCCAAUGACUAAUUAAAUUCAUAGUUAUAUCGGUAAUGUAAUUGAUAAUGAUUGAAUAAAUGUAUAUAGCAUUUCUUCGGAAUAAAUCUACCACAAUUACAA